AUGGCUACCGUUCCAGAUGGAUCACUCAUUCAGAAAUUAUCUCCACCUGCUACCGUAGAUUUGCAGGGUGGAACUUUGCUGGAUGUAAAAGAGUUCGAUGAAGUUGACGAAACAGAUGGUUGUAAGGUACACGUCACCGAGUAUCACAUUCUCUCGGCAGAUGGUCAGGAGGAAAUGACGAAAACAUGCCGAAGAAAAUUAAAAAUUGAAUGCAAUCAAAGUACCAGGAAAACCGAAAUUGCUAAUGGUCGGGAAGCUUUGAUCGAAGAAAAAACAGAACGAUUGUUUGGUGAUAUCGAUGGUUUCCGACAGCCAAUAGUCCUCGUUGAUAGAUCUAAGGCUCUUAUGGAUUUUUCUAAUCCUGAGGAUUCAGCAAUUAGUGCCGUACUGCAAAAGACACAGGAAAAAUUUCUUAGCAUGUUAAAUGAGCAGAAAGACCAGCUUAUAAAUAAAUUUCCUGAACUGUUUUCUGAAAUGAGAACAAGUUCAUCACUUUCGGAUACACCACAAACUGAAGUUGAAACGGUUGUUAACCCAGAUGGUAGUACAACAACGCGAAUGCGCUCUUCCCGUGCCUACAGUACUCGUUUUUCAAAGCAUGAAAUGUACAUAAAUGGCGUGAAACAAGAAUCGAAGAGCAAAUUCAGAGCUUUCAUGGAGUAUAAAGGUCCAGAUGGCGGUUUCAAGGUGAAACUACGUGAUACUUCUGGGGAUGAUGACCUAUCGGAAGAAGAAGCAGAUGACAUCAACUAUGAUGUUGUCGCGGAUGCAGAAUCACAAAUCUCAGAAAUCCCGGACACGCAGUCUGUGUUGAUCUCAGGAGGGAGCUUAAAUCGGGUACCGGCAAUGAAAGAGAAAACCAUGAAACGUACCGAAAAAGCCUGGCUUGCCGCCAAAGAAUUGGUUGAUUCGGAACAGCGAUAUGUUGACAAACUUCGUCUACUUGAUGAAACAUUCCGGAAAAAAAUUGAUGAUGAGAAAAUCCUUGAAAGAGAUCGAAUAACGCAGCUAUUUGCAAACAUAUCCAGUUUGCAUCAAUUUCACAACACGCACUUAUUGCCUGCAUUGAUGGAAAGUUCACGAGAUUGGCAUACUACACACAGAAUCAGCGAUGUUCUUCGCAAACGUGCACCUUUCCUGAAGAUGUAUUCCGAAUACACAAACAAUUACAAACGAGCGACCAAAGUUUUCAACGAUUGUUUGCGCAAAAAGCGACGUUUUGCGCAAGUUGUUCACGAAAUUGAGAUGAAACCGGAAUGUGAAAAUUUACCUCUGGUUUCACAUUUGAUAUGUCCAGUACAGCGUGUCAUGCGCUAUCAGCUAUUAUUGCAGGAAUACAAGAAGCAUCUGGAUCCUUCAGAUGUUGAUUACGACGAUACAGUAGCUGCUCUAGAAUUGGUACUUGAUGCAGCAAGUCAUGCAAAUGAGAUGAUGCGAAAAUUGGACCGCUACAAGAAUGUGCUAGAAGUUCAAGAACAAGUAGGCAGUGCAAUAUCGUUGGUGUCGCCAGGUCGCGAAUUAGUCCGAAAGGGAAAGUUGAUAAAGAUAUUGUCGUCGUCAGAAAAGACUGAAGAACGGCAUUUGUUUCUUUUCAACGAUUUAUUACUUCUUGCUUCCGAAAGGACAUUGCCUGGUUUUGCUAAACUUAAAGUUCGAGCAAUAUUCGACGCGACAUUAGCACAGAUUUGUGAAGGUGAUAACCUUGAGCGAGAAAAUUCGUUCUAUGUGCGCGGUUCCGACUCGCCAACUAGUCCAUCUCGUUGUGUUGAACUGAUGACCGAAACUAGCGAAGAAAAGAGUGCAUGGAUAGAUGCGGUGUGGAAUGUUAUCAGUGAAAGUUUAUCGCGCAAGAAAUCCUUUAGUCCGCCGAUACCGACUAUCAUCACACCACAGCGAUCUGAAAAUCGCUGUUGUGCCAAAUGUGACGUCGAAUUCUCAUUCAUCUCCAGGGGUACCGCAUGUAUUCAAUGCGCUCAGCGAUUCUGCAAGAAGUGUUUCGGGAGGCUACGCAACGAAGAUAAAGCCAUGCGUGUCUGUGACAUUUGCUUGCAACAGCGCAUAAGCCAUGACUAUUCCCAACCAAAAGAAAACCAGCCGAAAACACGAACAAAUCCACUGUCGAUAGGAACUAAAGAAGGCGAAAUACUCCAUGCCAGUUACGUUAAAUUCCGCGGUUCAAUGAACAAGCCAUUAAAGAGAUAUUUCGUUGUGCGGAAAGACUUCUGCUUAUAUUCCUAUGCUUCCGACAGUGCAGAGAGUGCCCUUGCAAUGCUUCCGCUUCCCGGGUGUGAAGUUAAAAUGAAUAAUGAGCGAUUCACAUUUACCAUAAAGCAUAUGCAGCGGCAGUAUAUGGUUACUGUUGAGAGCGAAGAUGCUCAAAUAAAGUGGAUGGCUGUACUGGAUCUCGCUUCUAAUGCUGUACUCAGGGAAAAGAUAAACUCGUGA